UACUUUAACCCCCCUGGCGGUAUUCCUGAGUGUAGCUCAGGCGGUAACCCUGAGCUACACUCGGGCUUACCAUGCGGCUCUGCUCCGGGAUCCCUCAAUCACUUACCUUGUCCUGCACUCCCGCGAUGUCCCUCCUGCAGUGUCCCCUGUAAUGUCCUUCGGCGGAUGCCGGCAUCUGUCAUCUGGGUUCUGUCCCCUGCGAGCGUCAGGACAUACGAGGACAGAACAGCGGGAAAUUUGAAAAUGACAAAAAGUGACAUUCACUAAAAUCACAUAGUAAAACAUUACUGUAUCAAAGCAUUUCACAUACAU